AUGGGCUCCGCUCGCCUCCUCGUCGCCGCCUUCCUGGCGCUUGUAGGCAUCGCCAACGCCCAGGCCUAUGUGCCGGCAUCGUUAUCCUUGUUUGCCGUGUACAGUAUUUCCUCCGUAUCCAACGUUGGCGUGUCGAAUGUGUACGGAAGCGUUGGAGUAGGUUCCAGCAGCGUUUCCGGCUUUCCUCCUGGUAACGUCAUCGGCGGAGCCAUCUACGUCCCCCCUGCCGGAGAACUGGAAAUGGUAGAGAGUGACGUUAUCGACCUCUUUUUCCAAGGACUGUCGGCCGUGAUUAAUGCUGAUUUGAGUGGCCAAAACUUGGGUGGCAUGACACUUGGCCCGGGUGGCUACUCCUUUACAGCCGAUGCAGCCCUUACCGGUACUCUAGUUCUCGAUGGCCAAAACGACGAUGGCAGCCAAUGGAUCUUUGAAGUCUUCGGCAAUCUCAUCGCAGCGGACUCGGCAAGAAUCGUUCUGAUCAAUGGCGCUCUGUCCUGCAACAUCUUCUGGAGCGUUGUCGGUUCCGUCGUCAUUGGAUCCCAGGCAACAACUAGGGGGACCGUUUCAUCAAUUGGGACCAUUUCCCUCGGAGAGGGCGCUUUUCACUACGGUGGCCUCUACUCAAUCUCCGACAAAGUCUCGCUCGACUCAGGCAUUGUAGUUGGAUGCCGUGCGACCUAUGACGAACCGACAACCACCACAGACAUGAUGACAAGCUCGACGGCCGUGACGGACACGACGAUGAGUUUGACGGUGAGUACCACGGACACGACGAUGAGUUCGACGGCUAGUGCGGCGAGCACCAGCAUCUCGGCUACAGAUGCGACGUCCUCUGCAGCCAGUUGGACGGAUUCGACGACUGCAGCCGUGUCCACAACGGACGAUCCAACGACCACGGUCACCGAGGCUACAACGACCAGUACUGCGACUACUACUGCCGCAAGUACCACGGAUACGGACACGUCGGCCACCACAACCGUGGAUAUGACAGCUACAGAUACCACAGACUCCACUGCUACGGAAUCCACGUCGGCUACUACAACAGAAACGACGGCGACGGAAGCCACGACUACCAUGACUAUGGAUGCGUCGGCUACCACAACCGUGGACGCAACGGCUACAGAUACCACAACCUCCACUGGAACGGAUUCCACUGCGACGGAUUCCACUGUUACUACUGCUACAGAUACUACAACGACAGAAGCUACGGCUACCACGGCCACCACGGCUACGGACACGCCGGCUACUAGGACCAUUGAUACAACGGCUGUAGAUGCUACAACGUCUACUGCUCCUGCUUCCACAGCUACUUCGCAUUCCACAGAAACGGAUAAUACGAAUAUCACGACUGCCGGAAGCACUACCGCUGGAAGCACGACUGGGCUUAACACGGCCGGUAGUAGUACCUCUGGAGGCAGUACUGCUGGAGGCAGCACGACAGGUAGCGCUACAACCUCUGGAAGCACAACCGCUGGAAGCACAACCGCUGGAAUCACAACUGGAGGCAGCACGACGGAAGGCAGCAUGACUGGAAGCACAACCGCUGGAAGCACAGCCGGCGGAAGCACAACCGGCGGAAGCACAACCGCUGGAAGCACAACCGCUGGAAGCACAACCGCUGGAAGCACAACCGCUGGAAGCACAACCGGAGGCAGCAUGACGGAAGGAAGCACAACCGGAGGCAGCACGACGGAAGGAAGCACGACUGAAAGCAGCACAGCCGGAAGCAGCACUAUUGGAGGCAGCACUAUUGGAGGCAGCACAACUGCCGAAAGUACAGCUGCUCCAAGUAUGACUGAAAGUACAACGAGAGGCAGUACGACGGGAGGCAGUACGUCUGCUGGAAGUUCAGCUUCCGGAGGCACAACUGCUGCAAGCACAAGUUCUGAGAGCACAACCGCUGGAAGCACAUCCGCUGAAAUCACAUCCGGAGGAAGUACGGGCACCAGCAGUACGUCUACCGGCAGUACAACUGGAGGCAGUACAACUAUUGGACGCACGACAGGUGGAAGCACGUCCGGUAGAAGUACAGCUGGAGGCAGUACAUCCAUAGGAAGCACAACAUAUGGAAGCACAACUGGAAGCGGCAUAACUGGGAGCAGCACACCUGCAGGAAGCACAUUGAGUAUCAGCACGACUGGCACAAGUACAACUGGAGGCAGUACAUCCGCAGCAAGUACGACUGGGGGCAGUAUAUCUGCUAGCAGCACGACAGGAGCCAGUACGACGGGAGCCAGCACGACGGGAGCCAGUACAACUACUAGUAGUAUAUCUACUGGAAGCAGCACAGUUGAGGGUACUACCAGCACUAUCGCUGAAAGUACAACGACUGGAAGCACAACUGGAGGCAGUACGACUGCAGGCAGCACGACUGGUGGGAGCACGUCUGCUGGGAGUACAAUUGUUAGUAGCAUGAUCACUGGUACUGCGACUGAAUCUAGUACGAUUGCUAGCAGCACGACGGCUGGAAGCACGACCGGAGGCAAUACAACUAGAGUCAGCUCGACCGCUAGAAGCACCACUGGUAUCAGCACAACAGCUAGCACUACGGUUGCGGACACUACGGCUACUACGACUACGGACACUGCAGCUGCCGGUACGACGACUGCAGGUAGGACGUCCUUGAGCACUGCAGCGACCGAUAUCACGGCUACAGGAACAUCUUCCAUCGACUCGGGAACUACCACAGCAACUUUGGCUUCGAGCACGACCAUUGACACCUCGGCUACAGGAAGCACAACUGCAACAACUACCAUGGGUAAAUCAACCAAUAGCCAGGCAUCUUCUGACACGACAGCGACAUAUCCGACUACCAGCUCGGCGGUCACGGGAACUACUUGGCCAUCUACUUAUCCCACUACUACAACACCCACUAGUGCAACAUCUUUCACUUCGUCGGCGACGAGCACAGGAACCUCGACUGCAGCCGCGACGACCGCAGACACUUCAACGACUGCCCCGGUAAGCGCUACAUCAACCAGCACGGCGGCCAUCAGUACAGCGAAUUCAAGCACUGCAGUUUCAGGCUCUACCACCGCCCAAUCGACGGCUGACGGGACUGGGAGAUCGCGCACUGGGACUACUGUCACUCCAAGCACAGGCCCGAUAAGUGCUACAACGACAUCCAGCACCACGGCAGACACGAAUAUUCCGACGACAUCGGCGCUAAGCACAGGAGAAUCAAGCACCGGAACCGCGACGGCUACAGUAACAUCCUCGACACAAACGAAGGUGUUUACAGGGACGAGUACUCUUGUCACGACAAAUACUGGAACCACUGCCUUGACACGCACAGGUACAGGCACGACCCUUACCACAAAGGCCACGGGGACAGAGACGACAGAUAUGACAAGUGCAAUGGAUGGUUCAACACGCACUGCGACGACUGCUCCUGUGACCACUACAUCAACUGAUGCGGCAGGCACAAGUACAACAACGGCAAGCGCCGCGGGUUCACAGUCUACUGCUCAAUCGACGGCCGAUGGGACGGGGAGAUCACGCACCCAGACUGCAACGACAAGUGCUGCGGGUUCACAGUCUACCACUGCUCAAUCGACGGCCGACGGUACUGGGAGAUCACGCACCCAGACUGCAACGACGAGUGCUGCGGGUUCACAGCCUAUCACUGUUCAAUCGACAGCCGAUGGUACGGGGAGAUCGCGCACCCAUACUGCAACGACAAGUGCUGCGGGUUCACAGUCUACCACUGCUCAAUCGACGGCCGACGGUACGGGGAGAUCACGCACCCAGACUGCAACGACGAAUGCUGCGGGUUCACAGUCUACCACUGUUCAAUCGACGGCCGACGGUACGGGGAGAUCACGCACCCUGGCGACUACCACGACAACUGCAGGCUCGACAAGCUCGAUCGCAACGGCCAAGGACACUACCGGCCGUGUCAGCAGCUCAACAAGCGCCGCGACUCAGGAUGGGACGGGUCGAUCCCGUGCCAUCACGAUCACCACCGUUUCCAGCGCGAUACGGAUGAGCACGGUGAUGUCUACUGCGGCAAACACCCAUGUGGCAACAAGCGGCAGCGCAAGAAACUGGACGACCACAAUCACCAUCACAACAUUCACCGUGACGUGCCCCGUGGCCCCGACGGUGAUAACGACAUGUGGCCAAGAAUAUUCCAUCGAUUCCCCUGGAACCAAGGUCUUGGUAGCUACCUCGACCAUCACUGUCCAUAAUCCGGCCGCCUGCAAGGAGUGUGCCGAGGAGAGGCCCACACGCGGCAAGGGUUCGGAUCACCAGGCGCCCGGGAAGAGCCCCGCCACCAGGACGCCAUGCCCGACCUGCACCCCCCGUCGGGCAUCCGACGCGUGGGAGGAGGCCGAGGAAACGGCAUCGCUGGUCGGAAAGCCGGCUGCGUUGGGCUUGGUGGAACUUCAGGGCCCGGAGGUUGUAGCCGUUGGGUCGAGCACCGCACGGCUAAGCCGGCGCAUCAUCGGCGCUAUCGCCCUGCUUCUGAUUACUGCCAAUAUGUUCUGA